GUUCUACCAUGGUGUAGAUGGGAAGAGGAAUGGAGUAGGGGUGAUUAUAAAGGAAAAAUAUGCUAGACAUGUAGUAGAAGUAAAACGAGAGUCAGACAGGUUGAUGUGCGUGAAGGUAGAGAUAGAAGGUGUGAUGAUGAAUGUAGUCAGUGGGUAUGCCCCACAGGUGGGCUGUGAGUUAGAAGAAAAGGAAAAGCUCUGGAAUGAGAUGGAUAGAGUGACAGAGAGCAUUCCCAGGGGAGAGAGAGUAGUGAUUGGAGCAGACUUAAAUGGUCAUGUAGGGGAAGGUAACAGAGGCGAUGAGGAAGUGAUGGGCAAGUUUGGACUUAGAGAUAGGAACUUGGAAGGACAGGCAGUGGUAGACUUUGCCAAAAGAAUGGAAAUGGCCGUGGUAAACACCUAUUUCCAAAAGAGAGAAGAACACCUGAUAACUUACAAGAGUGGAGGCAGGUCCACACAGAUAGAUUAUAUCCUAUGUAGAAGAGGUAAUCUGAGGGAGGUUAACGACUGUAAGGUGGUGCCAGGAGAGAGUGUAGCCAAACAGCAUAGGAUAGUAGUGUGCAAGCUGACAAUGGAGGUGAGGAAAAGGAAGAGGGUGAAGACAGAGAAGAAAAUAAAAUGGUGGCAAUUGAGGAAAGAAGACUGUUGUGAAGAAUUUAGGAGUGCGGUAAGGGCAGUUCUGGGCAGCGUUGAGGAAUUCCCAGAUGAUUGGGAGACUACUGCAGCAGUGAUUAGGGAGACAGGAAAGAAGGUGCUCGGUGUGGCCUCAGGACAGAGAAAGGUGGACAAAGAGACUUGGUGGUGGAAUGUUGAGGUUCAGGAAAGUGUACAGAGGAAGAAAUUAGCGAAGAAGCGAUGGGAUAGUGAGAGAACAGAAGAGAACAGGCUGGAGUACAAGAAGAUGACUAGGGAAGUGAAGAGAGAAGUGGCCAAGGCCAAACAGAAGGCAUAUGAGGAGUUAUACGAGAGGUUAGACACAAAGGAAGGUGAAAAAGAAUUGUACAGGUUGGCGAGACAGAGAAAUCAGGCUGGGAAGGAUGUACAGCAGGUGAGGUUGAUUAAAGACAGAGAGGGAAAUGUCAUUGCGAGUGAGGAAAGUUGCUUCUGAAGGCUC